AGCCCCUCCACAAAAAAAAAAAAAAAAUGGCGGCAGCAGCAAAACCUAAAGAAGCCGUUUGCGUGACCGGAGCCAAUGGGUUCAUAGGCUCAUGGUUGGUCCGCACCCUAGUCGAACAAGGCUACACCACCAUCCACGCCUCCAUCUACCCGUCCUCCGAUCCCACCCACCUCUUCUUUCUACCGGGCGCCACUUCCCCACUCGUGCAUCUCCACGUCCACGAGGCCGACGUUUUGGAUCCCGACGCCAUCCUCAAGGCUGUCGAGGGUUGCCAAGGCAUCUUCCAUGUCGCCUCCCCCUGCAGCCUCGAUGAUCCCAAAGACCCAGAGACCGAACUCGUCAGACCAGCCGUGCAGGGCACCCUCAACGUGCUCGAAGCCGCGAGAAAAGCCAAGGUACGUCGCGUUGUCCUCACUUCUUCGAUAUCGGCAAUGGUGCCUAACCCCAAUUGGGAUCAUGGAACAAAAGGACCUUUCAACGAGUCAUCGUGGACAGACUUGGAAUACUGCAGAAAUCAACAUAAAUGGUAUCCGGUUUCCAAGACUUUAGCCGAGAAAUCGGCGUGGGAAUAUGCCGCGAAACACGGCAUCGAUGUAGUGGCGAUCAAUCCAUCCACUUGUUUAGGGCCUUUGUUGCAACCCAUUUUGAAUGCAAGUUGUGCCGUGCUGCUACAAUUGUUGCAGGGCUCGAAAGAUACUCAGGAGUAUCAUUGGUUGGGAGCUGUUCAUGUUAGAGAUGUUGCUAAAUCACACAUUUUGUUGUUCGAGUCUCCAUUUGCUUCCGGUAGAUACCUUUGCACCAAUGGCAUCUAUCAGUUCUCUCAGUUUGCUCAAACUGUCUCUGAACUUUUCCCUCAAUACCCUGUCCACAGGUUUACAGGGGAAACACAACCGGGCUUAGUUUCUUGCGAAGACGCGGCCAAGCGAUUAAUCGAUCUGGGUUUAGUCUUCACCCCGGUUGAAGAUGCUGUUCGUGAGACCGUGGACAGUUUGGUAGCCAAAGGCUUCUUGAAAAUACAGACUUAAAAAUUAGAGAUUCUGUUUAUAUAUAUAUAUAUAUAUAUAUUCCCUUCUACAUGUGUGUAAAGUAAGAUGGCUGAAGUUUGCUCUUUGUUUUGGAUCUGUAACGGAUACGUAUAAUAAUGCUCAAAUAUCUACUUAUUAUUC